AUGACGAGAUUCAGAGGAUGCAUUGAUAUCCAUGCAGGCCAGGUCAAGCAGAUUGUGGGCGGCACCUUGACAAAAGACGACGUUUCCCCUGCCGACAAAGCCGACGAGAACUUCGUCAGCACGAAACCUUCCUCAUACUACGCUCAGUUGUAUAAGGACCAUAAUGUCGAAGGAUGCCAUGUGAUCAAGCUCGGGACGAAUCCAGCCAAUGACGAGGCAGCUGCCUUGGCGUGUGAAACAUGGAAAGACCAUCUCCAAGUGGGUGGAGGCAUCACCAUUGAAAAUGCUCAGAGCUGGAUAGAUAGAGGAGCUAGCCAUGUUAUAGUGACGAGCUGGCUUUUCACGAAAAAUGACGAGGGCUACGACAUUGACAUGAAGCGGUUGGAGGAUAUCUCGAAAAAGGUUGGGAAAAACCGUCUUGUAGUGGAUGUGAGCUGCAGAAGGGUCGUGGAAGAUGGAAGAGUUGCAUGGUACGUUGCUACGAAUAAGUGGCAGACGAUUACCCGGUGCAAAUUGGACUUGGCUUUGUUCGAGAGACUUGGCCAGUUUUGUGAUGAGUUUUUGAUCCAUGCUGCUGACGUGGAGGGUCUCUGCAAAGGAAUUGAUACAGAAUUGGUGGAAAACCUCGGUCUGUGGUGUCCAGCCGGUUUCGAAGGAAAAUUGACCUACGCUGGCGGGGCCAAGCUGGCUCUGGAUUUGGAGUUGGUAGAAAAGCUCAGUAACGGGAAGGUGGACCUCACGUAUGGCUCAUCGUUGGACGUUUUUGGAGGUGGUCUAGUGAAGCUUGACGAUGUGAUUCAAUGGAAUCAGGAGAGGAAGUGA